AUGACGACUUGGCUACCGACGAAGGACGACCAGGCACUGCUCUACUCCCUGAUCUGCAGCCAGCUCGAGAUGGACGGAUUCACCAAGAGCUCCGGUUGUUUGAAGGAGGAGAUGCCUGGACUACCCACUUCUUUGGUCUUUCCGGGGAAUAAGCUGGAGGAGCUAGUCCAGUUGUGUGUCGGCAUCAAGAAACACAUCGACAGUCACCUGAUCGCUGCGCAAGGACACGAAACACUGCAGCCCACCUCCACUUUCCACUCUCCUACAGUCAGUACUUCUUCUUCCUUCUCUCCUGUCGUAAGCACUUCUUCUCCAUUCUCUUCUACCGUUAGCACCUCAGACCCUAUACAUAUGGAGAUCAAAUCAGAACCCAUCACUGAGAGGCCUGAUGCUGUUAUAUCUCCACCACGAGACUCACCCACUCUGUCAUCAAACCCUAACAUUUCAACGGAGUGUGACGUGACUUCCACUGAAGGCAUUGGAUCGACAACUUCCGAUGAAAAGUUGGUGAUAAGCUCAACUAAUAACAAAAUGCUGGCGUCACCAGACAGAAGUUUUCAGGUUCCUUCAAGCGAGGUGAGAACACCAGAUAACGGUAUGUUAGCACCUGAUAACGGUAUGUUAGCACCUGAUAAUGGUCUCUUAGCGCCUGGUGAUGGUCUGUUAGCGUCUGGUGAUGGUCUGUUAGCGUCUGGUGAUGGUCUGUUAGCGUCUGGUGAUGCACUGCAAUCACAACUAUCAUCUGUGUUCAUGUCACCUGGUCCCUCACCAACACCACUGAAGCAACCUGGUGUCACUCAUGAGAACAAUCCUGCGGAUAUAGCUCUUCAUAUUCAGAGACUGAUCGGAGAGGAGAUGAUGAAAAGAAGAUUAAUAGGAGGAGAAAGCAACAGUCUGUUACUAAAAGGUCUCACGAACUCUCAGAACCGAUCAUUUCUACCAACUCCUGCUGCAGCUGUGAGAGGUCUCUCCUUCGACAUGUCACUGCUGAGUCAAAACUUUGCUAACCACCCCCUCCUUGCCAUGGUUCAUAAUUUGAACAACCCUCCUCCACCUGCGCGUACAACCACUACUACGCCUACUGCUAAAGGAACCAAAAGUACGCGUCCUCCCAAACCAGGGUCCUUGUGUCGGUUUUGUGGGAAAAUUUUCUCACAACAAAGUGCUCUUCUUGUUCACGAGAGAAUACACACGGGAGAAAAGCCCUACCAUUGUCACUACUGCGACAAAGCUUUUACUCAGAUCUCUAAUCUGAAGUGCCACGAACGCCUACAUACCGGAGAAAAACCUUACCGAUGCACUGAGUGUGGAAAGAGAUUUACCCAAAGUGCGAGUCUACGAUGCCACAUGAGAUCCCAUACUGGGGAGCGACCCUACGUUUGCAAGUACUGUAACAAGAGAUUUACCCAGCCAGCAUCUCUCCAGCAUCACAUCCGCAUCCACACUGGAGAGAAGCCCUACAAAUGCGAGGAGUGCAAUAAGUGUUUCACCCAGCCGUCCUCGCUGGUGGUGCAUCGCCGCCUCCACACUGGCGAGCGUCCCUUCGUCUGUCAGAUCUGUGGUAAGAGCUACACUCAGGCCAUGCCUCUGAAGGAGCACAUGAAAACUCACCAUGUCCAGGACAAAUCCCCGCUCUCCUUCAACAUCGGACAACCCUUCUCGUUGCAGCCGCAGGAGAAACGUUUCAAGACAGAAGAGAAAGAACCAGUGAAGAUGGAAUAA